AACAUAAUUGGAAAGUAAAUAUUUGUUUAAUUGACGAUGCAUGCCCAAUGAAUGGCAGUUUUCUCCAUCAAGUUAUUAUAUCGUGAGUCGUCUCUGCACAGGAAGAGCGAAUAGAGUGUCGAAUAUUUUAGUCUUGUAGUCGGUGACGAAUGAAAAAUAAACAAGUGAUAUUACAAUACAAUCAAUUAUAUUUUACAAAUUUCAGUUCAUUGAAAUUGAGGAUUACCUUAUUCAGCUAUCUCAUUGAGGUCUGUUAUAUAUUUUGUCAGUCAGUACUGUGUCUAUUUCUUGGACCUAUUCAUAAACUCAGAAAAUGUUGGGGGGAUUUAAAUGUUCAAAAAUUUCUCUCAUCGCUCUCAACAUAUUUUAUAUCACUGUAGGGAUUACUUUAAUAGCACUGGGCGCCCAUUGGAUGACCUCUAAUCGUGUGACCAGCCUGCCAGUUAUUGGAGGAGUGGUGGCAUGUGGAGUAUUCCUUCUCUUGGUCGCCAUCGGAGGAAUUUAUGCGACUCUGAAACAACACCAAGUUUUUCUUUUCUUUUACAUGGUCAUCCUCUUUUGUCUCUUCAUCGUCCAGUUCUCAGUGGCUUGUGCAUGUCUCUCAGUGUCAAAGGAGACGCAGGAGGGGAUCGCUAAUCAGGGCUGGGCUACGUUGGACUAUUCGCUAAAAGGUAGCGUCCAACAAACCUACCACUGCUGUGGAUUUAGCAAGGAUAGGUCGGACCUCAUAUUUUUGAAUCAGACGACUGAACCUAAUAGAGCACAUCCAUCUUGUGAGAAAAUUGAGACAUGCAGUAAUUGCGGAGCAAUAAAUGAAGGCACGAACAGUACCACUUCGUGCACAUGCCCUCCAUGUCUUCUUCAGGUUGAAUCAGUUAUUGGACAGGCGUUUCGAACAACUGGAGGUGUCUCAUUAUUUUUUAGUUUUACUGAGUUUAUUGGGAUCUGGCUGACUGUGCGGUAUCGAAACCAGAGAAAUCCUCACAUGAAUGGAAACCCUUCAGCGUUUUUGUAGAAUCUUGUUUGAAAAUUUAAUGGGAAACGACUGCAUACCACAUCACAUGCUCUUAUAAGUCUUUACUUUAGUCUUAACCUAGUCCUGUUAUUUUAUCAUUGGUAUAUGUAUAUUUUAAUUAUAACGUUCGUGUUAUAUUAACUGACUGAGCCUUUUUUGUAAUUUUCAAGUAAUUUUGAUUGAAAAUUGUUUCAUUAUUACCUUGUUUUAGUUUGUUUAGCUGGAUAUUUCAAUUUUAAAUUCUACUUCGUACUGAUAUUAUUAUGUAACAUAUCUUCUCAUGAAAUCAAAAUAGAGCUAAAAUUGCUGUUUUGUAAGAAA